AGGUUGACGUAUCUAUGGCGUAAUGUUCUUUUCUUUGUUAUUUUAUUUUUAAUUUUUAUUAUUUUCUGUGGUUUCAAAUACUAAUUUCGUUUACGAGUACGAGGUACAAAAAUACUUUAAAAUGAUCUCUUGUUUUUACUAUAAUAAAUUCGUAUAAAAGUUAUAUAGUUUCUGUAUCGAACCGAACAUUUUUGUGAUUUGAUUUAUUUUAAAGUGUAAUUGUGAUGUACAUUGAAGAUUAGUGAGUGUGAACAAGUGAAUCACUUCACAGUGUAUCUUGAGACAAUCUACUGAAAUGUAAAUUGUUGUUUCCGGGGAAAACAACGUUGAAUGGGUGUUGUCGCAUAAACGGGCGAAAACAAUACGUUUGUUAUGGAGUCGCGGUGAGAAAGUCUGAAACAAGUGAACAUGUUCAAGCCUGCCGUGUUUCUGGCGCUGAUCGUGUCGGCUGCAGCGCAGCUGGAGGGGCCAAAUGUGUGCACCAGACAAGAAACGUACACGACAACGAUAAAGAUAUCCGAGCAGCAGCCAUACCAAGUGAAGGAGUACUCGUGGUGCAUCAAUGUACCGCCGCGAUGUUCGAAGUACAAGAUCAAGUUCAAGCCGGUGCUGAAGACGCAGACGCUGGUGAAGCAGCGGCCGGUGGAGGAGUGCUGCGAGGGCUACGCGCCGGACUCGGAGCGGCGGCAGUGUCUGCCUGUGUGCGUGGAGCCGUGCGUGAAGGGGAAGUGCGUGGCGCCGAAUACGUGUGCGUGCGCGCACGGAUACGGCGGCCCCGCUUGUGAUAUAUCUUGCGCCGACGGCAAAUGGGGCCGCAACUGCCAGAACGAGUGCCGGUGCAUGAACGGUGGCACGUGCGAGCCGCUGACGGGCGAGUGUGCGUGCGCGGCCGGCUGGCGCGGCGAUGCGUGCGAGCGGGUGUGCGCGCCGCCCACCUUCGGCGACGACUGCGGGCAGAUCUGCCAGUGCGUGAACAACGCGACGUGCGACCCCGCCAGCGGGGCCUGCUACUGCGCGCCGGGACACACUGGCCCUUUAUGCGAGACAGAGUGCCCGCUCAACGAGCCGUGUCCCGAGACGUGCAACUGUCAGAACAACGGUAGAUGCAACCCCGUCACUAACCAGUGCGAGUGCACAAGUGGGUGGACAGGCGCCGUGUGCGCCAACAAAUGUCCGGCGGGUCGGUGGGGCGAGCAGUGCGCGCGCACGUGCGAGUGCGCGAACAAGGCGGGCUGCCACCACGUCACGGGGCAGUGCCAGUGCGAAGCUGGCUUCACGGGCGACAAGUGUCUGGACCCGUGCCCACUGGGUACUUACGGCGUGGGCUGCAUGGGCACGUGCUCGUGCCAGCACGGCGGCGCGUGCUCGGCGCAGACGGGCGAGUGCACGUGCAAGCCGGGCUGGCGCGGCACGUGGUGCGAGCAGCGCGCCUGCCCCGACGGGCAGUGGGGCAAGGGGUGCGAGAACGAGUGCCGCUGCAAUCCCUCCACUACUGACGUCUGCGACCCAUGGACGGGCGAGUGCGACUGCAAGGCGGGCUGGAGCGACGAGUUCUGCGAGCGACAGUGCCCGCUGCUGACGUUCGGCAAGGGUUGCCGCUCGACCUGCAGAUGCGAAAACAGCGGACACUGCUCGCCUAUUAACGGAUCGUGUCUGUGCGCUCCCGGGUACCGCGGGCUGCGCUGCGAGGAGCCGUGCCCGUUCCCACUGUACGGCGACAACUGCGCCGACACGUGCGACUGCCAGAACAACGCCACGUGUUCGCACGAGACAGGACAGUGCGAGUGCAAGCCCGGGUUUGACGGACUUAAAUGCGAUCGACCGUGCGACGGUAAAACAUUCGGUCUAAAGUGUCUUCAGCCGUGCAACUGUGGGAAUGGUGCUCCAUGCAAUCCCAUCAAUGGGGAAUGCGUGUGCGGCCCGGGCUACGAAGGCUCUCAGUGCGAGCGUCGUUGCCGCGCCGGCUUCUACGGACAGAACUGCUCGCUGCCCUGCGACUGUACCAAGAAUGCCAUUGGCUGCCACCACGUCACCGGCGCUUGCGUCUGCGAGUCGAGCUGGAGAGGUGUCCGUUGUGAAACUCAGUGCGAGGCGGGCCGGUUCGGGGAGCAGUGCUCGGAGCGGUGCCCGUGCGCCAACAACUCGUCGUGCGACGCGGGCUCGGGGCGCUGCGUGUGCGCGGCGGGCUGGCGCGGCGAGCGCUGCGACCUGCCCUGCGCGCCCGGCACCUACGGCGUCGCCUGCAAGCAGACGUGUCCUCACCGUAUACUCGGUAACGCGUCGUGCGAUCCGGUGACUGGCCGGAACGCGUGCCCGAGCGGGUACACCGGCGUGACGUGCGAAUACCCGUGUCCGCUGGGCACGUACGGGGACGGCUGCGAAGAGAAGUGCAAUUGCAAGAACGGGGCCGACUGCCACCACGUCACCGGCGAGUGCCAGUGCCUGCCCGGCUGGCGCGGCGCUCUGUGCGGGGAGGCGUGCCCGGCGGGCUGGUGGGGCGCGGCGUGCACGCAGCCGUGUCGCUGCGCGCGCGGCGCCGCCUGCCGCCCCAACGACGGCUACUGCCGCUGCCCGCCCGGCUACACCGGCAGCUACUGCACGCAGUUUUGCCCGGUAGGCUACUUCGGCGACCACUGCAUGCAGGCGUGCAACUGCUCGUCGGAGGGCAACUGGGCGUGCGACCCGGUCAAGGGCUGCGUGUGCCACCGCGGGUACAUCGGCGAGCGCUGCGACGUGCACGCCAGCGACGCCAUCGUCGUCGACCGCGCCAAUGUAGGCUCCAACACGGGGCUGACGGUGGUGAUGGUGAUGCUGGUGGCGGCGUGCGCGGCCGGCGCCGUGCUGGUGCUGCUGUACUACCGCAAGCGCGUGCGCAACCUCAAGCGGGAGAUCGCGCACGUGCACUACACCGCCGACCCCAGCCUGCAGCCAGAACAACAACACUUCGACAACCCCGUGUACUCGUUCCCGACAUCGCCGCGCGAUGACGCCGCGACGCUGCUCAACAACGCAGCGCAUAUAUUCAACAACAACCUCGGCAACGGCAGCAAGCUCACCAAUACCACCUUGGAGAAGUUGAGGAUGGGUGCUUCCUGCUCUAAUAACACGUACGAUCCAUUGUCCUCCCUCAAGAACAAGGAUGCAGAUAUGACGAACCCGAAACUGUACCACUGUAUCGACGACGACAACAAGUUGGAUCAUGUCUACGACGAGAUCAAACACAAGGAGGGAUAUGAAAUGGAAUACGACCACCUCAACUACACGCCUCCAGCGAACACUUGGAAGCAACACUACCAGCGAAUGAACAACGGCAUCACGCCGAGCUCUCAGGGGAACACUUCGCGCGAGGACACGCCCACGCCGCCCAUACCCCCCCUCCCUAAGUUACACAUCGCGCCCAUCCCGCCGCCCAGAGACGAGCCGCCCACGAACUUGCCCACGAACCUGCCCACGAGCCCGCCGACGCCGCCCACGAGGGACUUACCCAACGAUGACACCACAACACCGUGACACUACCAAGUAAGUCUUUUUUAAAAGAUUUGUAUAGAGAUCAUGAAUUCAAAUUGAUAAUGUACUUUGGUCACUUAUGACGUAAUAGUAUGAUAACUUUCACCACGUUUAAUAUUUCGGUAGUAUUUUGAAAGUUACAUAAUUAUUAAAACAAAUUGGCUACUAGCAAUUAAUUAGUUUUUAAAUGUUUUCUAAAUUAAUCCAAUGAAAUGAUUGAAUAUUUUGAGAAACCUUUUGUGGCUCCUUUUGAGCAGAAAUUGAUGUCAUUGUAUAUUAUGUGGGAUACAUUUGUUAAAGAUCUCUUGUUAUUAUUAUUUAUUAAUGUAUAAAAUGUAAAUUAGAUAUGCAAUAUAUUAUAAUUCUGAUUCUAAAUAUAUUUUUCAUGAAAAGUAAAUAGAAUAAUUAUGUUAAGAUAUCUACCUUAUUAUAAAUAUUAUGAAUCACGUUUGAUAUAUUUCUAAACAUUGUGUUUGCUUUAAUAAGUUUCACUUCCAGUGUAAAUCAGAAAUUAUUUUAUCCUAAUCACUAAUAAGUAACUAUGUUUUUAAAACUCUAAAGUUGGUACGAGAUCUGGCAUAAGAAACAUAUACCCUCAUCUGUUAUUUAAUUGGGAUAAGAAAUAAAUGAUAGAUGAUAUUCAAAUUAACGCAUUGCACAUGCUUAGUUAAAUUACGGCCGGAUAAUAAUUAAAUAAUGAUUAUUUUUUAAUUAAUUUAAUCUCCUUAUUGGUUAAUUUAAAAAACUAAUAACUAAAAGAAUUGAAAAAGUGAAGAUUACCUGCUUUCACAUUGCAACUGUGGGGUUGCCAGAUAUAAAUAGUUAAUAAAGGUAUUUAUAUAUCCUCAUGAGUUAUUUAGUUGUCUAAUAUGUAAAAUGAAAACUUAGUUUAUGCUUAAUUUAAUUGUAUUAGGUUGCCUUUGUUUUAGUUAGUAGUUUCCUAGAUUUUCUAUGAAAACUAUUUUUGGCCACAAUUUAACUACCUAUUUGCAACGUGUCACUGUGAACAUUAUCUAUCACUAGCUGACGCCGCGCGGUUUCACCCGCGUGGUUCCCGUUCCCGUUGGAAUAUGGGGAUAAUAUAUAGCCUAUAGCCUUGCUCUAUAAAUGGGCUAUCUAACCCUGAAAGAAUUUUUCGAAUCGGACCAAUAGUUCCUGAGAUUAGCGCGUUCAAUCAAACAAACAAACAAACAAACCAACUCUUCAGCUUUAUAAUAUUAGUAUAGAUUUAUUUCUUAUCACUAAUGAAUAACAGAUGAGUGUAUAUAUUUCUAAUGCCGGAUCUUAGACCAAGUGUAAGUUUCUACAGGUACCGCUCUGUCUACAAUAUCAACUUUAAUCAGAGAGAAAUAGAGUUGAUAUUUACUCACACUGUUGAGUUAUAAGACAUCAUUAAAAUAACUGAUUUCAUCAUUCGUCUGAAAAUGUCAGUGCAGCAAAAUCGAAAUAUUGUUGCAUACGAAUUUCAUAUCAAUUUACAAGUCAUAUCUUUAUGGUUGUCAUGUAGUAUACUUACAUUUUUCUAUGAAAUCAAUUAUAAAAAUGAACUUAUUGUAUGGUAAAAAAGUUCUUCUAAAUCUACAAUUUCGUUGUAUGUUGAUCAUCACGACUGCAGCAGUCUAUAAGAAUGUUAAUUCUAGAGAUAAAAGUAUUAUCGAUGUUAAAGUAUUACAUCACUAUUUUGCGCUAAAGGCUGAGGACAAAUCUGACGGUAAUUCGCUCAAACAACUCACAUCUAUCGACAAUAUUUUGCUAAAGAACUGUUAGGGAGAAGACACACAGUGCGGUGCGGCAUCGGUGCGCGGUGUCGUUAAUAUCAACUAGCGGACGCCCGCGACUUCGUCCGCGUGGAAAUCAAUGUAAACUUUCAAGCCCUAUUUCACCACUUUAAGGGUUGAAUUUUAUUUUUUUUUAAUUACAUUAUAUUUCGUAUUUUUUUAGGAUUUAUGAACAAAUUUUUAAAACUGUAACUCUAAAAAUGAAGGACUUUCCAUACAAACUUUCAACAUCGCAUUGCAUCGCUGUACACAACACAUGUGAACAGCGAUGCGGCAAAAUGUAUGCGUUGAGGCGCCGCGCCGCACCGCACCGUGUGGCUUCACUCUUAUGGAUACUGUGUACAGAGUAUGCGAAAAAAAGAUGUAAUAGGUAAUAUUAUUUAAUUUGAGCUAUUCCGUACUGAUUUGUCACAAUUUUAAUAGAGAUACUCGUAUUAGCAAUAACAAUACCUCUAAGGGUGGCCGCUCACUGACAAUUUUUAGUUGGCUGACUUUUUAAUUGUGCGUGAUUUAGUUGGACAGAUGUGCGGGGUGUCAUACAUCGCUAUACCUGUUCUGUAAUCGCCAACUAAAAGUUGUAAGUGAGCGGGGGCUCUAAAAUGCUCAAUAACACAUUUGUAUACUCCCACUUAGAAUAUUUUGUGUCUCAAAGAGCCAACGUCUUAUGAUUUAAAUGUUUUAUUUUACUAAAUUGCAACUCAAUCUAAUCUUAUUUAUUAUUAUUAUUUGUAUUUUUAAAAUGAAAUGAAGUUUAUUAUUAUUUUAUACAUAAGCAUUAUAAAGUUCAUAAAAUUAGCUAUUUAUAUUAAUUAGAUGAGCAUUAUUACUAUUUGUAUAUUGAAUAAAAAAAGCAAUACGUUACGUUACGUUACGUUACAGCGUUACUAUACGAAAUUUCAUGAUGUACAAUGAACAACAAAUUCUAUUUUUAUUUUUAUCCCGAUAUCCUCAUAAGUCUGGAGACACCUAGAUUGGUCAAAACUCUUGCUACUUUACGAGAACCGUACUUAAUUUGGAAAUGUUGAGACAAUUUUAAAUUUUAAAUUAUUGUAUUUUGCAACAGAGCAGAAAGUUAUGUUAUAAGGAAAGAAAAUUUUAUUUGACAAACACAAUAUGCGAUAACAAGUGAAAAAAGAAAUAUUAAAUUUCACAGACGCCAGCGACUUGGUCCUCGUUAAAUUCAGUUUUCACAAAAUCAUCCCGAGUACCAUGAUUUUUUCCGAUAUAAAAAGUAGCCUAUGGUGUCAAUACAUGCUAUAAUUAUCUCUAAUAACCCAAAGAGUAAAGGCGGAAUUAUAUCUGUCUGACGUGGCGUGUCGUGACGCAUCAGAACAGAAUCGGUAUCAUACAUUUUGUAUGCGACAUAUCAGAAGCCUCAGCCAGCAUCACGACAUGUCACAACACAUAAGUGUAAACGUUGCCAUACCAAGUGUAUGAUACCGAUUCUGUGUGUCACGACACGAUACGUCAGACAAAUAUAACUCCGCCUUUACAAAUAUACACGAAUACGAACUUUUGCAUUUAUAAUUUUAGUGUGAUAGUUUUAUUAUAAGCCCAAAGAGUAAGAAUAUAUAGAUUUGUCAGAAUUUCGGGGAAUUUUUGAGUUUGUUGAUUGUUGUACUCUAUAUUUAAAAUGUGAAAUCAUUAUUUUUUAAAAGGUUCAUUUUAUACAGAUAUUUCUUGAUUAAAUUGGCUGCUGCUACACAUAGCAUAUUUUACAUCUAAGUUCUUGCACCGUGGAUGUUAUGUUUAACCUCACAGUGCUGUUAUCUACCUCCCUAAGUACACGGGGUUUUGUAGUUAUCACAUAAAAUGAAGUAGCUACAACGUCAAUAAUGGUAUUAAUAAAGAUAAUUAAUAUAAAUCAUUAUUUUACAAUUCAAUCUUAUUUUAUUAGACCAUUUAUUGCAAUUUAAAGCUUUAUUUUUUUAAUUUAACACAUUUUUAUUAUUUUAAUGGAUUCAAAACGAUUUUGUGGAUCGCUACAUUCCGUUAAGCAUAUAUUUUUAAUAUUUUUUUUAAAUAUAUUUUUUUUUAUUUUCUCAGCUAUUUUAUACUUCAUAUACAUACGUACCUACUAUAAUUUUUUAUUAAUUUUAACAUCUUUUAUGUGUUGGCUAUUUAAAAAUUUUAUACAAUGAUUGUCUAUUUUGAAAAAUUAUAUUAUUUUAAUACAUAGGUGACAGCUUUUUUUAAUUAUAAUAAAAUUGCCAUUUUAUUGUGAAAAUAUAAUUUUAUGGAUGUUGUACAAAGAAUCUGUAUUAUUAAGAGUUUUCUUUUAUUGAUUUAUUUAACGGAUCACGUUUUCGCAAGCAAUUUUGUUAAUGGCCAAAAGUUAUUCCCAAUCUCUUUUAUAGUUAGUUUUAAAUAGAAAUGAUAUUAUAUGUCGCUAUAUUAUAAAAAUAAAAAUAGGGGUGUGAAUAAAAUAAAAAUUUCGUUUGUCCAGUACAGAGGUGCGUGUUAUGACGACACGGGUUAGAGGUACUGUAUAAAUGAAUCGCCCGCCCGCUCUUCUCUACUCCCCUCUGUCGUCAUAACCGCUCAUUGCACUGCGCAGACAAGGACUAAUGCCGGAAUUAUAUUUAUCUGAUGUGUCGUGUCGUGAUGCAUUAGAAAUGACUCGGUUUCAUACGUUUAGUAUGGAAGAAGGUACUUAUCUUGCGCCACGUCAGAUUAACCUGUUGUGUCGACACGACAGAUAAAUGUAAAUCCACUUGUAAGUUAUGUGAUUGGUCUGUGAAUCAAAUGCCGACCUAUAUGUCUGUUUACUAACUAGAUUGGUUUAACGCUUGCCAAUUUGCCCAGUUUACGAGUAUGUAGCCUAUAUAAGGUUAAGUUUCCUUAGAAUCGGCGAAGGCGUUCGGGCUAAUAGUUUCAAGAGAACUUAACCCAUAUAGAUUUUGAUACGUUAUAUCGGCAACCUUAAAACUUAACAAGUGAAGUAUUACAAAAAUUAAAAUUAAUUUUACUGUCUUAAAAUACAAGUACAGUUUUAUUUUACGAAGUUUAGCAACUUAACAUUAAAGCAAAAUUUGUAUCAAAUAUUUGAUACCUUGACAUUAUGUCAUUACGUCACAAACAACGAUUCGAUUCGUGUCACUUGCUACGUUUUGAAAUUCCACAGCCGAAAUGUAGAUAUGUAAUACCAAAAUGGCAAGUAUUUUUAAAUUAAGGGUAGAUAUUGCUAUGUAAUGUAAAAUGGAAAAGAAAAAUAUAUUAUAAUCUUAUGAAGUUCUUAUUAUUAUAUUAUAUUAAAGAAGUUAGUUUAAAAUAUCUCAAAUGUAAUAGGAUAGUGUAAUUGAAUCUAAAAUCAUAGGUUUAAGUAUUAUUUGAAACAUAACUUCUGAAAACGAUUCAAAUAACAAUGACGUAACGUACAGAUCAGUCAACGGUGCGCUUACACGGAAAAUUUAUUGUGCAACUAUUUCAGCAAUUCUUUCAGCAAAUUGCAUUAUACAUUUCAAAUUGCACAAUGUAGUCGACACGUAUUGUGUGCAUGUCGGUGUAUUGCUAACAACACUAUUGAAUCAAAUUGCUAAUGUUGUAAUUUAUUACCAAGUUUUUCUAAAUUAAUCCAUUUUACUUCAUGUUCGACAAUACGGCGUGACGCUUAAUGAAACAAGUGUAAUAUUUCUAGGUAUUGCAGUUGAUUGUUUCACGUAGUCGUGACGUCAUACUUAACCAAAAAUGGACCUCCGGUGACGCCGCUGAGGUUCCGAACGGAUGAAGCGAUUGUAAUUUAAUUUGAAGCGAAUUGAUUUGUAAUUUUUUUAAUAAAGGUGACUUAUGUGCGUGUAGACGUGUUUGAUGAAAAUCGGUUGAGUCGUUUAAAACUUGUGGAGUGUCAAAGUGGGGAAGAAUAACCGAAUGUCUGCAAAUAUACUCGAGUGGGGUCUCAAAUGAAAGCGCACUGAAAGAGAAUAUCUAUGACUAGAUCGAGAGAGUAAUUUAUAAUUUCAUAACCUUCGGGGGUUGUUUAAAAAUUUUCAAUGUUAUAAUUGUCCGUGUAAGUGCACCUGUAGGCAAUCGUGUCGUGGUGGUAUUUUAUACAAGAUUUUUUUAUAUUGAUAGAUGACAAUGGGUCAUUAAAAAACAAUUCUCAUUUGUUUGUUAUGUAGUCGAGUAAACAUAUAGAUUUUUCAAUAUAAUUAGAAACACUAUUAAAAUCAUUCAAGAUCAAUGAAUAUUUUACAUUGUUAAAUCUACAAGACAUAUAAGGAAAAAUUUGCUCAAUACGUGCCAAUGCGUAACAUCGGUUUAUACGUCUGUGAUUAUUUACAUGCUGGCAGCUCAAGUGAAGCAAUAAAAAAAUAUUAAAAGAUUUAAAAAACGUUAUACUAGAUAUUUGUAAAUUAUGACUUUAAAAAAACAUCAAUGAUUAUGACAAUAAAUAUCAGAAUAGUUGUAGGUAUUCAACUAAAAUAAUUGAGGUUACUUCGUUUGCAAACAAUUUCUAAUUAGAGAAGAUCACAUAUGUCUAAUUAGAAGAUUACUAGGAUUUACUGUUCGUAUUCUAAAUCCAUAAUUUUUAUAAUAAUAUUGAAUAAUGGAUGUUCAAUUAUUGAGUGCUGUGCCGCUAUGUAAUCCCUAGCCCCCAUAUUCAUAAAUAUUGAUUAAGAUUUAAAGUUCAGUUUUCUUCAAAUUAAAGUGGACCUAAUCACUACUGGUUAAAGUACACUUUACUUUAAAGAAAUUCGAGGCAUAAAUCCUAGUCCCAUGUUUUUAAACAAGUAUUCGUAAUAUCAUUCAUAAACAAACCUAAAACUAUUUUUUACAUUACAAUGAUUAUCUAGGGAUUACACAAUGCUGAUGAAAGGUGCAACAUAUAUAAUGUCAGCAAAUUCAUCAAUUUUACUGCCUAAUUUGUUAUAUUUGUAGAUUAUAUCGAAAAUACAAAUUAAUAUAUUAUUGUAUCGUAUAUUAGAGUGAGAAAUUUGCCAUAUCUUUAUAUAAAUACUUUUUAAUUGUAUAGUUGUUUUUCAUAUUACAACAUAUUAAUUUGAAAACAACAAUCCAACAUUGUAUUCUUGUAUAAUAUAUCUUCGUUCUUGCUCUUCAUAGAAUAUCUAAGUUUAAAUGUGUAAAUUGGAAUUUUAUAAUGAAGAAUCUCACUAAUCCGGCACUAUGAAAAAACGAAAGAUGCUGGAUUGUUGGAAUGUUCGGAUUACUGGAUUAAGGAGAAAAAUCGUGAUUAAUAAAAUAAAGCAUUUCCUAAAGAUACUUUUCGAAAUUAAUUACGUACAUAGUUUUAAAGUAAUUCCAAAGGAUAUCUGUCGACUGUCGAUGACGACAGGUGCCGGACUAUUGGACGUAUUGUGUACCAGUGUACUGAAGUGCUGGAUUGCUGAGAUUCUACACUAAGAAAAUAAUAUAUCAGUCAACUUGUGGUAUACUGUUUUUCUGCACAUUGUUAAAAUCAAUUAGACUAACAUUUGUGAUUUAAGAGAGUGUAGGGUAUAUUUAAAUAAAAUAAAAUCUUUACCAUUAACUAU